AUGGAGAAAGUAGCUCUGGAAAUUGAAACAGAUCUCAUAAUGGACCAGCCAGGCACUGUGGACCUGCCUAAUAAACUUAGCCUAGAUGACCUCAUGCAUUCAGCAAGCCCACAGGAAAAUGAUUCAAUCCCUAAUGACAAACAAGAUCAUCAAGCCCCACCCUUUGACAACACAAUCAUGGACAGCCAAGCCAGUCCUAACAUUAAAACCACAGCCAAUACUAUUAUCCAACUCCCCUCUGAGCAGAGAGCACUAAAACAGAAAGGAUGGAGAAGAAUUCCUAACCAAGAAGAGAGACUUAUUAUAAAAUCGAAUCGAAUCUCUAGGUGGACCCGAAGUCAGACUCAGUAUGGUCGGCGCCGGAGAAGCAGUUCUUCAAUAACUUCAUCUUCACAAUCCGAUCCUGAAUCGGAACCCUCUGCCUCACAACCCUCACCAUCUCCGCGGCCUCGUCCAACUCCGCCCCCUCAUCUCCCGCCUCGUCCAACCCGUACACCGGCGGUGCCGGCGCGUCCUCCCCGCAACUCCUCCUCAAAAUCUCCUCCAUCUUCGCCUCCAGCAUCCCGGCGUUGCGCAGCGAGUUCAACGCCACCAGUCCUCCGAUUAAAUAUCUGUGGCACCGAGACGCCGCCGGUCCUCUCCCUCAGCUCCCCCUCCCGGCUGGGGUACACGUCAACGUUAAUCUCAACGAAAUUCAAAUUUCUGUGGCGCAGGAAGGACCGGACGGCGCCGCUGUCCCUGCAAUUGGACCGGGAGAAGAAGCUCACUCUCCCCUUGAUUUCCUCCUUGGGCGCCUUCACCACCUUGAGGCCCACCAGAUCGAACUCCUUCACCACCACAUCCUCGUCUUGCCUUUUCAGGGAGGAUAGGCGCUUUGUAAUCGCUGCCGAGAAGCUGCUGCUCUUCUGGCGGAGGAACUUCCCGAUCGCCGCCGCCGGAGCGUCAAUCGUCUCCGGCGAGGAUCGCGACCGCUGGAUCAUCAUCCCAGGCGGUGGCUCGGGUUUGGGGAGCUGCGAUGAUUUCGAUUGGUAA